CUAUCAAUGGCCUGUAACAAAAUAUAUCGUAAACUCAUCAUUAAUAAAUCAUUUCCCCUAACCCAAUCAAUGUUAUGUAGAGAUUACACAUCAAUCCUUUUCUUCUUCCUCUUGUUUGUGUGAAUCCCGGGCCGUGGUGCUCGUCUACCUCAGGGACAUGUUAACAUUACACUGGCCUGUUUUCACUGAAGCCCAAAAUGGCGAUUCAAGCCGCCAAACGACGACGACAUAUAAUUUCAAAACACUUUCCCCGUCGCAGCACGGUUUCGUUUUCUGGUCUUUCGAUAGCUUAUUACGAUGUUAUCACGGUGUAACUGGCUCGUACGGUUGAUAUUUAUGGCCGAAGGGUUUUGGCGAGCCUGUCUUAAAAUGGAGGAAGUUUAUAAACUGCACGUCUUUUGUUAGGACGAGGAAAUAUACAGCGCUGAGGGCUUGCAAAAAAACAAAAACCCAACAAAACCUUAAAACCAUCACCUCAACGCUUAGUGACUGUAUUACAUACACCAUGGGACAUAGAUAAAAAACAAACAAACCCUGUUACUGAUAGUAUUUUUCCAGGGAUACAAUGUAUAUUAUGGAGCGUUUUAUAGCCUGUGAAUGUAGUAGACUGGGGGUUGGGUGGCACUGCCGGUCUCUCUCUCUCUCUCUCUCUCUCUCUCGCUCUCUCUACAGCACUCACACACACUCACACUAGGCAGUCAAGGCUUUUGCUUUAACAUGACCAGGGCCACGAUCAAAACAAGCCAUGCAUUUCCAUGCAAAACGUGCUUCCGACCCGCUCACGUUUUGCACCGUGGCUCGGUGAAAGCAAGCGAGGCACUGACUUCUUAUUUUCUACCGCCAAUGAACUAAUCUCGUUACAUUUGUGUGUGUGUGUGUGAGAGAGUGUUUUUUUUAAAGAGUAAAGCGCGAUACUAAGAGUAGAAAUGAAAGCCGAGUCCAGGCCUAACGUUGUUAGUAGUGCCGCUUUCUGCAGAUCCGGCUUUCACAAAUCGCCAAAAAGUGACUCCUCGCCUUCCCCUGUGAACGGAUACCGGAUGGUUUUGUCUUGACCGAGCCGUAAAUGGACGAAGCCAUGCCAACAUGAAUCACUCGUAUAAAGUGGGCGCCAAGGAUGGCUCGGAAUGCCGCCCGGGCCCGCAGUGUCCGCAGGUCACUUCCUGCGGGCUCCAGCACGGCGCGAAAAAGCACUCGUCGUCGUUUGGAUACAGCCAAAGGGAACCAUCGUCGAGCUACAGUCCGCUUAGGAGGCUGCAGGAUCUGACGGCUAUGGUGAGCAGGCCCGAUAUGAGCUUGCAGGACAGGGACUUCCACGGGCGGGCUAAGGCACACGUGCACGGCUCAGAGUUCGGUCUCGGACUCGUCCAGUCGCCGCAGCCGUUCGUUCGCGGUGCUGAUGAUGGCGUGUUCAGAAACGUCCAGAAUCUGGACAGGAACGGAUUUUCCCCUGUGAGCUCGGACAGCCUGGAGCACAUCUCGCCGAUCCCUAACGGAUUCCUGCAUUUUGAGUCAAGCCUCUUUGACAGUGGGGACAGUAAGGACGACCAUGAGGAAGAGGAGCGUGUGGCGCCGUUCAAACCUUCAGCCAGGAAAUGCCAGAAAAGGGACUCUGCGAAUGCGAAGAGCUUCUCUGGUUCAGGGCUAAACUUAACCUUGAACAGACAUGAACGUUUUAACCCGGUUUCGAAAAGUACCCCACAGCCAGCACCAGACCCUUCUCCUAGUUCACCUUCGCUGCCCGUUGAUGUCAUGCUGAGGGAUUUUGACAGUUCGGAUGGCUACUCGGAUAGCGAUUGUGACCUUCCGAGCACGGAAAACUGCGCGUCGAUGUUCAACGUCGGCCGUUCUCAAAGGCCAAGCUCACCUAGCAGCACCUACUCAGACCCUUCCGACAGCCCAAAGAAGAAGCCUCUUCCAGAAGUGAAGUUCACCGUGGGUGAUGUGGUGUGGGCCAAGUUUAACCGUAGGCCUUGGUGGCCCUGUCGCAUCUCCAUAGACCCCCUGAGUGAGAGCCACACCAGGAUGAAAGAGCCCAGCAGCAGGCCGUGUCGAAUGUAUUUCGUCCGGACGUUUGGGGAGAUCGUGGACCAAGCAUGGGUUUCUGGGAAAGCCACGUAUGCUUUCGAAGGAGGCCAGCAGUUUGAGAAACUUCCCAUGCGACAAGGCAGACAAAGAGACAAGGGUUACAAAUACAUGGUUCCAAAGCGCUUGAUGCCUCUGUGGAAAGCCAGUGUGCUGGAGGCAGAGGCAGCUCUGCCCGAGUAUCUCAGGAGUAAACUACAACUUCCUUCAGUCAGAGAGAUACACUGUCCUGUUCCGGAGGAGAGGACGUGCACGUCUCCGGCCUUCCCCGACCUACAUCUGUCCUCACAGAGUCCGGUCUUCUCCAACGGGCACGAUCUUCCCGUCGUCGGCUCUCCCAAAACGAAGGAGGGGAGCAAAAAGAAAUCGUCCGCUAAAAGGAAAAACCGCUCACUGCCGAAAAGUCCCGAUAAAAUCAAAGAUGAAUUGUUCUCCAAGCCGACGUCGGGCCCCACGCCGGCCGUUCCCAAACCUCCCGCCGCUCCUACAAACGACCCGGCGUCUGACUCCAGGGAUUGCCCUUACUCCGACAUUGAUUCAGUUCCCAGGAUACUGUGUCCCAAACGCUCAGAAGAGCAACUCAAAGGGGGGUCGGAUAAAAAACUCUGCGCCGAACCAAAGGCGAGUGCAAGUAAAAAAGCGAAGAAAGUCCGCGACACAGAGAAAGGGGCGGCGUCUUCGACCAAACACAAGCCGAACAACAAGCCUGCAAUGAAAAAACAAAGGUACGCCGCGUCUAACGGCAGGAACCUGUGUAGCACUUCGCCAGGAUUAUCAGACGGCACGUUCGAGAUGCACUCUUUCUACUUGCCGGCAAGUUGCGGCCUCAUGUCCCGAGCCCUCGCAAACUACGACGGAUCCGAAGGCAAGGGCGAUCUUGACUCUAGCCUCGAAUCCCGAUCGUCUUCCUCUGACGAGCCUGAGUCGUUUUCUCCCACCCCGGACGUAUCGGAGAGCGCAGAACACCAAUGGCAAGUGAAAACAGAAACCGUAGGCGAUCCGACGCACCCGAUGUCUCAGCGCUGCGGCGGCUCCUCGAACCCGACUUUGCUCAAGUUUACAAGAAUCCGGUCCCACAAGGAGGCCUUUCAGAACGGGUCUCAUCUAAACAGUAGAGAUUUCACCUUCAGGCCUGCGGAAUUUCCAGUCGCCGGUUUAAAAAUCAAAAAAGAAUCGAGCCUUUCGUGUUCCUCCUCCUCCUCUGUUUCAUCCACGUCGCCUUCACCCUUGGAGGUUUUCCGCGAGCCUAAAGACCUCUCUUUACAUCCGCUGGUGAAAGACGAAUGUGGUUCGGACGACCCCAACUCCAAGUACAAAUUCACCACCUACCUUAUGUUGCUGAAGGACUUGCACGACACCCGGGAGAAGGAGGGAAGGCCGCUGACGCUGCCCCCCACCUCUCCGUCCGCCCUUAUCAAACAGGAACCCUCGCUCCUCCCGACACAGCCCCACCCUGACCGCGCGACUCCCAACACGGUUCACAAGAACGACGGUCAGACUCCCGGGGUUCAGAACGGGCCGCAGAGGAAACCCACAAGCAGCCAGAAGCCGAACAGGUCGAAACCUAAGUCCACAGGAAAAAAGGAGGCUCAAAAACCUGACGCUGGGAACAGUUUGCUUCCUCUGGUUUCAGACCAUAAGAAACAGAACUCGCUAGAUGUGGUUGAUGCGAGAGCAGCGCCCACUGAGAAGCUCUCAAAGUCCCAGUCAGAUUCUGGCCUCGAUAGCAGCGGGAAGGGCACGAUGUCGGCGGUGGCACCGAAGAAGCGCUGGCAGACGUUCGAUGCUGAGGUCGAGGACAGGACAAAGCCAAAGAAUAAUCAGAGCAGCGUGCUUGAGCAGGACAGGGUCGUGCCUCCUGCCAGACUCAAUGGAGUGUUUGAAGAGAGCCACCGAAGCCCUCAGGUCAAUGCUACGGAGAGGAAGGAAAGCUCUGAGUGCAAGAGACUGCGGAAGCCGAGCAAGAGGCUGAUCGAGUGGAGCGAGGAGUAUGAGCAAAUCUUCAUUUCGAAGAAGAAAACUAGGAAAACCCCCGAGUCCUCCAAAGCAGCGUCCUCGAUUAAUAACACUAAUGUUGCCGAGCAGACCCUGAACCCCCCACAGGCUGACGGUGUGAGCUCGGCGGCAGGUCAGCCGCCCGACGCCUGGACAACGGAACCGUCGCAGCUCGCUCUAGACCAAGCAGAUAGCGUUCUCCCUUCACCUCCUCCGUCAACGCCCCACGACGCCCCCACGGUCGAGGCAGAAUGGGUUGAAAAGAAAACGGCAUCUUCAGAAAGAAAACGGCCACGGAAGCCCACGAGUAAAGCGCUGGAAUCUGCUUUCGAGGACGAGCUCGUCUGGAUCCCAAAGAAGAAGGAGUAUAAGCAGCAGGGUCAGUGGUCAGAGGAAGCGGCCGUCAAAGAUGUUCAGAAAAACGAAGUUCCCGGAGACACUCUGUCCGGCCCCCCUUCUAAACCAGGUAUACCGCCCAGACCAGCUGACGCGCAGACGCCCGUGAAGCGGCCCGCGACGCCCAGCGUCUUCCAGAGCCGCACGCCAGGAGAGAACCGCAGUCCGGCCGAGCCCAAAACAGACGAGAGGAAACCACACGACAACCCAGGACCUUUACACGCAGAGGUGUUUGGCGCAGCACCAAGUGACGACGUCGUCCAGGCCCGAGACUCGUUUUCUGCUGAAACGGCUCUGUCUAACAGUAAAAAGGUAUCGGAGAAAGGAGGAGGAGGAGGAGGAGGAGGAGGGGGAGGCGCCUCGCUGAAGGAGAACGUGUGUCAGGUGUGUGAGAAGACAGGUGAGUUGCUGCUGUGCGAGGGACAGUGCUGUGGGGCGUUUCACUUACAGUGUAUCGGCCUCAGCGAGACCCCCAAAGGACGCUUCAUCUGCCAGGAGUGCACUACCGGCGUGCACACGUGUUUUGUGUGUAAGAAACCGGGCGAGGACGUCCGGCGCUGCAUGAUCCCGGUGUGUGGGAAGUUCUACCACAUGGAGUGCAUAAUGAAAUUCACCCCCACGACACAACAGAACCGAGGCUUCCGCUGCUCUCUCCACGUCUGUUUGUCCUGCUACAUCACCAACCCUGCAAACCCCUCCAGCUCCAAGGGUCGCCUGACCCGCUGCGUGCGCUGUCCGGUGGCGUACCACGCGAAUGACUACUGCAUGGCCGCCGGAAGUGUUCCGCUGGCCAACAACAGCUUCCUGUGUCCCAACCAUUUCACCCCCCGCAAAGGCUGCAAGAACCACGAGCACAUCAACGUCAGCUGGUGUUUCGUCUGCUCCGAAGGGGGCAGUCUGCUGUGCUGCGAGUCCUGUCCUGCUGCCUUCCACCGCGAGUGUCUGAACAUCGACAUGCCCAAAGAGAGCUGGUACUGCAACGACUGUCGCGCAGGCAAGAAACCCCACUACAAGGACAUCCUGUGGGUGAAAGUGGGCCGCUACAGGUGGUGGCCAGCGGAGGUGACUCAACCCAAGAACGUCCCUGAGAACAUCUCGCGCCUGAGGCACGAGGUAGGCGAGUUCCCCGUGCACUUUUUCGGCUCCAAGGACUACGUGUGGACGUACCAGGCGCGCUGCUUCCCCUACAUGGAGGGCGACGCCCAGAACAAGGAGAAAAUGGGCAAAGGCACGGACGCUGUCUACAAGAAAGCUUUAAACGAGGCUGCCGAGCGAUUCCGAGAGCUCCAGGCGGAGAAGGAGAUGAGGCAGCUUCAGGAAGAUAGGAAGAACGACAAGAAGCCCCCGCCAUACAGACACAUUAAGGUGAACCGACCAGUAGGCAAGGUGCAGAUCGUGACGGCGGACCUGUCGGAGAUCCCGCGCUGUAACUGCAAGGCCACAGACGAGAACCCAUGCGGCAUGGACUCGGAGUGUAUCAACCGCAUGCUGAUGUACGAGUGCCACCCGCAGGUGUGUGCGGCAGGAGAGAGGUGCCAGAACCAGUGCUUCACCAAACGCGAAUACACGACGGUGGAGAUCUUCAGAACGCUGUCACGCGGCUGGGGGCUCCGUAGCAUCAGCGACAUCAAGAAGGGCGCGUUUGUGAGCGAGUACGUGGGCGAGGUGAUCGACGAGGAGGAGUGUCGCGCCCGGAUCAGACACGCGCAGGAGAACGACAUCAGCAACUUCUACAUGCUCACGCUGGAUAAGGACCGCAUCAUCGACGCAGGGCCGAAGGGAAACCAGGCGCGCUUCAUGAACCACUGCUGCCAGCCCAACUGCGAGACUCAGAAAUGGACAGUGAACGGGGACACGCGAGUCGGGCUCUUCGCCCUCGUGGACGUCCCUGCAGGCGUGGAGCUCACCUUCAACUAUAACCUGGAGUGUCUGGGAAACGGCAAGACGGUGUGUAAAUGCGGAGCGCCGAACUGCAGCGGCUUCCUGGGCGUGCGACCGAAGAACCAGCCCCCGUCGGAGGACAAGGCCCGUAAAGGAAAGAAGAAGAUGUCCGCGAAGAGGAAGAGCCAGCUGCAGGUGGUGAAGGAGCGCGAGGACGAAUGUUUCUACUGCGGAGACGGCGGGCAAAUCAUCUCCUGCAAGAAGCCCGGCUGCCCCAAAGUUUACCACGCCGACUGUCUGAACCUGUCCAAGAGACCCGCAGGUCGAUGGGAGUGCCCGUGGCACCAGUGUAAUGAGUGUGGCAAGGAGGCGGCAUCGUUCUGCGAGAUGUGCCCCAGCUCGUACUGCAAGCAGCAUCGUGACGGCAUGCUCUUCAUCUCCAAGCUGGACGGUAAGCUCUCGUGCAGCGAACACGACCCGUGUGGCCCCGACCCCCUGGAACCCGGUGAGAUUCGCGAGUACAUGCCUGCCUUAUCCCCGCCGCCCAACGCGACCAAGUGCAGGCUAACCUCGCCCACCGCUGAGCUCUACAUCCCUCCCGCCCCCAGGAGAACGCCCUACAGCAGCCGGCGACUGCCCUUUGACGACGAGGUCGUGUUGGACGAAGACCUGUUUUCUGCCUCUUCUCCGUCUAAAGGCGCGAAAGAUAACACGACGGCCGAGGUAGAGGACGGAGAGGUGGUGGAAGGGCUGAGCGGGGGCGAGGACGUGGGACUGGAGGUCAUAGGAGACGAGGAUGAGGACGGGGAGGUGGACUACGACGACGAUUUCGAUGACGAGGACGAAGAGGAGGAUUAUGAAAAGUCAUGGUACGGGGACGAGGGGGAUGAUGAAAAUUGCGUAGACGAAGACUUUGACGCUGAAGGGUUAGAGGACGAGUCGUAUAGGGGGAAGUGAGCAAUUUGUGUUUACUAUCCAUCCAUCCAUCCAUCCAUCCAUCUAUCCAUCGAAACAUCAGUCACGCACUCGAUCGCCAGACGGCCUCGGCGACCGAGACAGGUGAAGCGAAGCGCCAUUUCUCUGUCAGUUACACUUUGUAGCCUGUAGGGACGAAGCAGGGAAUCUGAUCUCAGAUCCGGAGAUGCUCAGAGAUCAGCUAGCGCACGCUCAGCUGGGCGCAACUCUUUUUCCACUCUGACGGACACGGGCGACGCACUGAGAUCGAGACCGAAGUCAGCUUGCCUUUUUACCCAAGUCCAUUUCAGACGAAUGGGACUGGAAAAAUCCAGUGGUGCUGUGGACCUCUGGCUGUUCAGUCAGACGUCCAGUAUUGGGUGUAAACUUACUGUCUGGUGCUUCUUUGUGUUUCUUUUCGUUUCUUUUUCGUCAUCUCCACCUACUGUUUACAUUUUUCUCUUUGGCAAACCACGGACAGGACGGAAGACAUCUGGUGAGCUUGAAGUUCGGGCAGCAACACUUGUCACCGCGUUUUAAAGAACACGUGAAUCUUUCUUAAAAACGGACUUUUAAACGCUUAACACCGGUCCUGUUAACGUAGAUUGGUAUUUGGGUCAAAUUAGAUAACACAGUGCUAAAUACAUACGUACGUACGUGUGUGUGUGUGUGUGUGUACAGUUCUGGAUAAAAUGAAGAGACCACUGCUAAAUUAUCAGCAGGCAUGUGUUUGGGUAAAACGAUUGAACAUUUUUGUUUUAUCCUAUAACGUACUGACACGAUUUCUCCCCAAGCCCGAAUGAAAAAAUAUCGUCAUCUAGAGCAUUUAUUCGCAGAGAACGAUAACCGGUCAAAAAUAACCACGACGGAAAAGAUCGUCCGUGUUGUCGGACCUCGAGUGACGUAAAGAAAGGAAGUCCGUAUUCAUUUUUAAACAACGCGAGACCGGACGUCUUGACUUAGGAAGAGUUCAGAAAUCCGUUUCCGGUGGAAUAAUCACGGCUUCCGCGCGUCUCGGCACGCUCUCCACUUUUCCCGUGCGCUUGUAGGCGUUCUUCUUCUUCUUCUUCACCACUUGUGGACAGGCUAAAACACGUGCGCGUAUUUGCUGCCCCCUUCAGGUCCGGAGGAAUCGCAACCUCGAAACCUCCAUUAGAAUCGGUUCACACACUAGUGCAGAAAAACAAGUACCGUGACGUUUUUACCGACUCGGUACCGAAGUAUCGGUUCUCGUGACAUCCCUAGUACUAGCACUGUCCUUGACAUCCAGCCGGUCGUAUCGCAAGAGCAUAGCGAUGACCACAGCAGUGGUUUUUAUACUUUUCCUCGUUAAAUGAGAUUUGGUUCAGGUGAUCGCCUAAUCGGUACGUCAUUCAGUAGAAUGAGGUGGGCCCGUGUUGGAAUUCAACAGACAUUGGGAUGAUAUGGCUGCCAAAUAUGUAGAGAUACUGAUUUUAGAAAAAUUUACAGUGGUCUCUUAGUUAAUUUUUUCCAGAGAGAGAGAGAGAGAGAGAUAUUCAGAUUCUGAGUCUGUGAAAGUGAGCCUUGGCCCAGUCGUGGUUAUUUAAAGUGCACCUAUUAUGGUUUUUCAAAUAUGACCUUUCAUGUAAUGUGUUCUAUACGUAGCUGUUUGUGAAUGUAAAACGUCUGCAAACUUUCAAAAAUCAAAGCGCACGACAAACGGGGUUAUCGACUCCCAAACGAAGGAACCGAUUCUGAACAGCUGAAUCGAGUCGUUAGUGAUUCCAGACUUUACUUCCUGUACAGACCAGCGUAGGUUUGUAACAAAAAGCCCCGCCUCCGGUCUUCAUCGGCCGCUCGUUGACAGACCAAUCACGACAGACCGGGACGUCGGACCAAUCAGAGCAGAGUACGCUCUCUGAAAGGAGAAGUCUAGAACGAAUCCUUUAGAACGGAUCAUUGAACGAAUCGUUUGUGACACCGGGGGGAAAAAAGUAACGCUGCGGUUUAAAUUACGAUCACGUCGAAGUGUUUUUUGACCUCGUACGCGUGUAAAUCUAUCGUAUGAGACGUUUAAAACAAAAUCAGGCACGUUUCAAAACCAUAAUAGGUGCGCUUUAAGGAAACGUUUAGAUCCAGGAAGGUAAUAUUAGUGAUGGACAAAUCUUAUAUCUUGACAGAUUUGAGUUCAGACGCCGUGCUAAAUGAUAAUUCUCCACUUCAGAUUGUGUUUGAGAUGGAAUCAGGCGUUUCUCCUGCUUAGUUAGAACGGAAACCCGCAGCCACAUGGGUGAAAUUCAGAUAAGACCCCUGACCCCUGAUCUCAGCGAUGCACUUUUGGAUAUUGACCAUGCUUUCGUAUAAUUGGUAGGCUGGUUCUGUGUGUCCCAUUCAGAAUUUGGUGACAAUAAAUUUAAUUAUAUACACACACAUAUAUAUAUAUAUUUUAAAAAAAGCUUUCGGCAAUCACAAGCCCUAAAACAAAUUGUGAUCAAGAGUUUUAAGUGCAGCAAACAGGAUUUUAAGUGACUCGAUCCCCAGCCGUGACGCUCGAAUCAGUGUUUAAGAGCCGGAGUUGUUAGAGAACGUCCUUCUGGGUUGGAGACGACUAAAACUACGGUUUCACUUCGAGACUUUUUACGUCGACAUUCCAGGCAUCAAGAUGUGAUUUCUGUGCCGCGCGGACGUUUCACGCCCCGACCCGGUCAGGAUUCGUGAAAGCAUUUCAAGAGCGGACAGACUUUUAUCCGCGAUACUACUCUUCGACUCUACGCUUCCGAUCUGCAGUUCUUAUUUUCAUAUGGUUCUGUUCGUUUCAUUUCUCAGUAAGCGUGUUCUCCUCGUCACACCCGAUUCAUUCUCAAGCCUGCAGUGAAAACAUUUCAAAGAUGAUUCUUUUUUUUUCUUCUUCUUCUUCAAAGGGUUUCGCAAGAACGACCCGUGCCGAACUCCGGUCACGGACCGUACAAACCCACACAUGUGGGGAAAAAUAAUAAUAAUAAUAAUAAUAAUAAUAAUAAUUCAGUUAACGUGUGAGUUAAGAAUGAAAAGGUCUUUUUAAAACACUGUAAAAAAAAAAAAUCAUUUGGUGGAUGUUUUUUUUUUCUUUAAAGUACCCUUGUGCUUCCUCCUCUGCAGGGUACGCUCUGUUUCUGAUUCUUCUAGAGUUGUCUUUGCAUAUACAAUGGACUUUGAGAGGGUUUUUUUUUUUUUUUUUUAAAGACUUUAAUGCAGAAAUUUGGACCUAAAAAAAAAAAAAAAAAAACAACAACGUCCAGCCGGCUCACUUUUUUAUAAAAAGUUUCCACACCGGUGCUUCGUUUCGAUUGCUUCCUCAUGUCCAGUGUUCAGAAUAUUUUUCCAUUAGUGUCUGUCCCGUCACAUGGUUUCUGUAACCAGGCCGACGUGGUUCUCAUCGUGAGAUGGAUUAGAUGAUUAGACGGUAAUUUACGCUCCCGGUAGACGCUCGAAGGAAAGUAAGUUUUUAAAAAAAAAAAAAAAAAAAGGAAAUGCAUCUAAAAGUUGAACUGCCGACCUCGCUGACACGACGAAAGUUAGCAUUUAGCAUUGGAUGGAACGUUAGUGGAGACUUUGAGAACGGCGUAGUGGUGCACCCACUAGACGAUGACAGCUUUGUGCCUUUUUUUUUCUUUGUUGUUGUUGUUUUUUUUUUUUUUUUUUACCUCAGACGGCGUUCCUGAAGGGUCUACAUCAAUUCCUCGUGGACGUUCUGAAUCUUGUUCACCAAACUUGAAACCAUUUAAAAAAAAAAGUCAUUAAGUGUCUGGUUUGUAUUCUGGAGAUGUGAAUUUAUUUUUUAUUCGAGCCAACAGAAUGAAAAUACGUUACAGAAUCUGAAAAUCCCGACUAGUGAGUUACCCGACGAAAGCGAGAGACUGCUGUUCCAAAUGAAGGACACUCUUUUUAUUACUAUUAUUAUUAUUAUUAUUAUUAUUAUUAUUAUUGUUUGAACAAUGUUUUGGCCUUACAAUCAUUCUCUUUUGAUAUCCACUGAAUGUUAAAGCUCCUGCCCCACUUGUUUUUGUCCUUUUUUGUUGUUGUUGUAAUCUUUACAGCGGCCAUCUUUCUUGUCGAAACAAAAAAGCAUGUUUGUGUUCCUUUAGUCUCUUCAUAUUUAUGGACUUUGUAGAAUCAGUUCUCACUGUUUUACACUUUUGUUGUACAUUUCUCUGUGUGUGUGUGUGUGUGUGUGUGUGUGUGUGAGUGUGUGUGCCUGCACACGUGUGCGUGCGUGUGUGUGUUUUGUAUGGCGUGUUAGUUGCCCAAUCCGAGUGUGCUUUGGUGCUGCAAAGAAGACGAAACACACACCGGUUUGGUCUGGGGAAAGUGGGGCAAAGUCGUUGCUGCCAUGUUAGAAUCGUCUUCAACUGUACUGUACUCCUUUGUGUAUAUGAAAAUAUUAUAAGUAAAGUUUUACAGUAGA